GAAGAAAACUAAAAUCCAGUUUAUUGUAUUUCAAUACUAUGUCAUAACAGUCAGGAAACUACUUGGGAAGAGAAGAUACAUGCACUUCAAAAAUAUAAAACUUCAUGGAAGACAGGAAGUGACACUCUAGUGGCACAGACAAGUGCUAUAUGCAGAGAUGGAUGGAAAAUUGCUAGCUGAGAUAGUAAUAGCUUCUUAGGAGAUAAUUUUCCACUUGUUCAUCAAGAUGGAAAACUCAGAUUCUAACGAUAAAGGAAGUGGUGAUCAGUCUGCAGCACAGCGCAGAAGUCAGAUGGACCGAUUGGAUCGGGAAGAAGCUUUCUAUCAAUUUGUAAAUAACCUGAGCGAAGAAGAUUAUAGACUUAUGAGAGAUAACAAUUUGCUAGGCACCCCAGGUGAAAGUACUGAGGAAGAGUUGCUGAGAAGACUACAACAGAUUAAAGAGGGCCCGCCACCACAAAACUCAGAUGAAAAUAGAGGUGGAGACUCUUCAGAUGAUGUGUCUAAUGGUGACUCUAUAAUAGACUGGCUUAACUCUGUCAGACAAACUGGAAAUACAACAAGAAGUGGACAAAGAGGAAACCAAUCUUGGAGAGCAGUGAGCCGGACUAAUCCAAACAGUGGUGAUUUCAGAUUCAGUUUAGAGAUCAAUGUUAACCGUAAUAAUGGGAGCCAAAAUCCAGAGAAUGAAAAUGAGCCAUCUACAAGACGUUCUAGUGGAGAAAAUAUGGAAAACAACAGCCAAAGGCAAGUGGAAAAUUCACGAUCUGAAUCAACAUCUGCAAGGCCUUCUAGAUCAGAACGAAAUUCAUCUGAAGCAUUAACGGGAGAAGUCCCACCUACCAGAGGUCAGAGGAGAGCACGAAGCAGGAGUCCAGACCAUCGGAGAACCAGAGCCAGAGCUGAAAGAAGUAGAUCACCUCUGCAUCCAAUGAGUGAAAUGCCACGAAGAUCUCAUCAUAGUAUCUCAUCUCAGACUUUUGAGCAUCCUUUGGUAAAUGAGACUGAGGGAAGUUCUAGAACCCGACAUCAUGUGACAUUGAGACAGCAAAUAUCUGGACCUGAGUUGCUAAGUAGAGGUCUUUUUGCAGCUUCUGGGGCAAGAAAUGCCUCUCAAGGAGCAGGUUCUUCAGACACAGUUGGCAAUGGUGAAUCUACAGGAUCAGGACAGAGACCUCCAACCAUAGUCCUUGAUCUUCAAGUAAGAAGAGUUCGUCCUGGAGAAUAUCGGCAGAGAGACAGCAUAGCUAGCAGAACUCGGUCUAGGUCUCAGACACCAAACAAUACUGUCACUUACGAAAGUGAACGAGGAGGUUUUAGGCGUACCUUUUCACGUUCUGAGCGGGCAGGUGUGAGAACCUAUGUCAGUACCAUCAGAAUUCCCAUUCGUAGAAUCUUAAAUACUGGUUUAAGUGAGACUACAUCUGUUGCAAUUCAGACCAUGUUAAGGCAGAUAAUGACAGGUUUUGGUGAGUUAAGCUACUUUAUGUACAGUGAUAGCGAUUCAGAACCUAGUGGUUCAGUCCCAAGUCGAAAUAUGGAAAGAGCAGAGUCACGGAAUGGAAGAGGGGGUUCUGGUGGUAGCAGUAGUUCUGGUUCCAGUUCGAGUUCCAGUUCGAGUUCCAGUUCAAGUUCCAGUUCAAGUUCUAGUUCUAGUCCUAGUUCCAGUUCCAGUGGUGAAAGUUCAGAAACUAGCUCUGAGGUGUUUGAAGGCAGUAACGAAGGAAGCUCAUCAUCAGGCUCAUCAGGUACCAGGCGAGAGGGUCGCCAUAGGGCCCCCGUCACAUUUGAUGAAAGUGGCUCUUUGCCCUUCCUUAGUCUGGCUCAGUUUUUCCUCUUAAAUGAGGAUGAUGAUGACCAACCUAGAGGACUCACCAAAGAACAGAUUGACAACUUGGCAAUGAGAAGUUUUGGUGAAAACGAUGCAUUAAAAACCUGUAGCGUUUGCAUUACAGAGUAUACAGAAGGCAACAAACUUCGUAAACUACCUUGUUCCCAUGAGUACCAUGUCCACUGCAUCGAUCGCUGGUUAUCAGAGAAUUCUACCUGUCCUAUUUGUCGCAGAGCAGUCUUAGCUUCAGGUAACAGAGAAAGUGUUGUGUAAUUAAGAUCUGAACUCUCAUUUUUGUAGCUGGUAUAGUGAUGGGCAAACAGGAAUCACUUGCUUUUAUGUCCACUUUUUGAGUGGUGCUUAAGUGUAAAGUAACAACCUGAAUUGAGUCAUUGCUUUCUGAAGGAAUCAUUGUCCUUUCUCCAGUUUCUGUUCCAGAAUAAAAGGAAAUACUUAAAAAGCAACGUUUAGGACCUAAAAAUCUGAGUUCAGUACCAGUUGAAUUGGUAGUGUCUGUUACUGAUAAAUUUAUCAAAUACUUUUGUCAGUUUCUCCUUUAUUAAUCUUAAAAGAUCUGCCUUAGCAAUGGCUCCUGUUUCAUGUUGAUCUUUAAAUUUCCCAUGCCAUAGGAGAGAGGGGCAAAGGAAAUUCCCAGUUUAGACUAUGUUAUGGUAUGUGUUUCAUAAGUGAUUACUUAAAGCUAUAUCAUUCCCAGUUAUUAAUUGACAAAAAUUCAGCCACAUUCUGAAUAUUGUUUGUUCACCUUUCAGACUAGGUGAUACUGAACAUGUCAAUGUAAAUAACACUAAGUUUAGGAUCUUUGUAAGUGGAUAACUCUCCUAAGCCCAUCACUGUGGCACACUGUAGAGUGAGCUUAUAGUUUAAUUGAGAUAUUUAUCUUGUGGAAAUAUUAAAAAGCCUAUGCUUGUGUAAGUGAAAAAAAUCACAUUCAUUUGUUUAAAAAUGUAAAGCUAUUUUGUAGAGGCUCAGUACUUUUCCAAUGCACUGUUGUAUUAAUGCAUUAAAAAUUGUAAAGUACCAUGCUUAGAAAUGAGAAAAAACUGCUUUUUGUGAGCCAACGUAGUAAAAAAAAACACACCAAACAAAGUACAAAGCUGCUUUUGUAAGUGUGUAGAUGUCAAGAGCAGAACAUAUCUGUAAUACUUAAUGUAUGUGAACAGCUACUGUGACAUGCAAAGGAAAGGACAAAGCAGAAUCAAGCUGCAUUAACGACCAAUGGAAAUGGUGUAUUUUAGCUUUGAUUUAGGCCGGAAGUGAAAGAUGGGGAGGAGUAAAGAAAACUGCUCUGAAGAAUUUAAAGCUUUUAUGAAGACAGUAAUAAUGCAGGCAUGAACUGGUUUCAUAUGGUGAGAGCAGCAGCAUCAGCUUGACCUGGUAUUUCACCUGAGUAGAUGAAGCAGAUCAGCAAAUUUGGCAGAGCUUUGGGGAAAAAAAAAUAACCACUACCACUUAGCACAGGUUAAAUUGAUAUUUUUAUAAGUCUGCUCCUCAAAAAAAAAAAAAAGGUAGAGGAAAGAGACUAUAAACCACUUUUAGCAUAUGAAUUUUAGUUGGUACAGAUGUGUGUGCUAAUAGGAAAGUCUCGAAUUUGUGUUGUUUUCGAGAUUUGUCAUUUAAGGUACCAGUGCACACUUGUUAAUAUUUCAUUACUAUAUCUCUAACACAGACCUAACAUCUCACAUUUAAAGACCAGUUGAAAAUUAAGGAAUUUUUAUCAUUUGUUGAAAGUGAGUCAUGUUAGAUUAUUUGAAAUUCAGAUUUUAAUUGUGCUGCCCAUAUUUGAAGAUGAGACUGCUGACCCACUAUCUAUGGACAUGCACUUUAUGUUAUCUUAGUAGUAACAAUAGCUUUGUGAUAAGCCCAGUACUCUUGCCUAAUUUCUCUUUUGAGACUGGUUGGGGUUAGGAUUAGUCUGACUAUGGAGCAGAUAUUUACUUUUCUGGGAAAGGCUAAGAGGCCAAAAGAGGGAUUGAGCAUGUCCUUGGCCUUUAACAAAGUGAGCUAACUACCCAGACAUAGUCAAAUACUCUACAAAGUAAACAAGUCUGCUUUAGGAAUUAUAUGGCUACCUUCACUGUUAUCAACUUAGCUGUAAAGAUUAUUUCAAAGCUCAUUCUUUCAUGUUUUCUUCUGGCUUUCAAUCCUACUUAAGUAUCAAAAUUAACUUGUAAAUAUGGUAGUUGUUUACUAAGGAUAUGUACUGCUCUUGCAAGGAAAUAAUGUCCAAACAAAGCUUCACUUAUUUUUUUUAAUAUAAGCAGAUUUCACUGUUUAUGGCGCUUAUGUAAUACAUUUUAUCUUUUUAAAAAAUUGUCAAUGUAAAAGUCAGGAUUCCUUGAUAUUUGUGAGCCUCCUUGUCUCCUUUCCUCUAAGGGUGUAAUCUAUAGUUUUCAGAUCUGCAGGGUAGUCCCAAUUGGCUAAAAAAGAAAUCCAUUUUCCUCUUGGCAUAAAAUGUUCCAUUAUAGGGGUGUUCAUUUUUUAAUAGUUUAAAAACAAUUGCAGCACAUUCUAAGCAUAAAAGGAAGUCACUGAUAACAGGUACCUCCCUAACCUCCCAAGAUGUAUUACUCAUUUGUGAAGUAUUAAAGUAAGAGGUAACUCAAGCAGAGUGCUGGUUAUGAAUGUAGAUAUUGAAGCUAUUCAUAAACACUGGAAAUAGAAAGUUUUUAGCCUUCAGUAGAAUGCACAUAUUGGACAUAUGCACGUGGACACCUUUUUCAGUAAUGUUCAUUGAUUUCCAUUGGAUUAUGUAGAAUGAAUGCAAGUAUUUUAAUGAAAUUUGCUACUUUUUUAUUUUGUGGAGUCCAUGACUAAUAUAUACUUAUUACUUGUGUUGUGGACAUUGAAGACAAGGUCAGAUGUAGGUGUCAGAUACACAAUGAAAAACAAAAAUCUUUUUUUCUCACCAGCAUCCAAACACCUAUUCUUGAGGGAGCGUUUCUUGCAAAAGACUUUACAUUUCAUUUUGUAUCUUUGCACUUUUUCUUUAUUACAGAAAGCUUCUGGUUUGAACUUCAUGCAGUUAACAGGAACAAGAAAAAACAAUAUGGGGGUUUACAUUGUUUAAAGCAUAGGGAAAAGUACUAAAACCUGAAUUUCUUUGAAUAUUUCAGAUGGUUUUUAAAAUUCACUUACUAGUCUGAAACAUUUGAAGUGUUUUGUUUAACUCUGAACAGCUGACAAGGUUGAGAUUUAUUAGUACUACUAGAACCAAAAUUGAACGAGUUAAUAACGUUAAAAGUGUACAGACUUUAUCUGUAGCAACACUAGAAGAUGAACCAUGAUGUUAAUUUGGAAUAUUUGCUCUAAAAAGAACAUGUUAACUAUACCUCAGUGAUGUUAAGGGAGGUGGGAAUUGAGAAAAGUAUUCACAUUAGUGUUGGAAUGUAGGUAGCUGUACAGUUCAUAAGAAAACCUUUAGCACCAGGAGAUAUAUGUGUGUAUAUACACAUGUGCAUGCACACACACACACACACACACACACACACACACACACACACACACACAAUCUUUAAGAACAUAAUCAUUGGAAUUCAUCCAGACUUUAGGAAACUGGUUAGCUAUACAUGUUAUCUCAAGUAAUGUUUUUUGCCCCCAGGACAACAUGUCUUUUCUGUGCCAAGUGUUCUCUCCUAGUGUCAGUGUCUCAUAUUUAUGAAGGGUUAUCACUUAAUAGUUAAUCACCUGCUUCCCAAGUGUCCACGACAUGAAAUGGGUCAAGCAUCAGCCAUAACUUUCAGUUAGCUCCCCAAAUGCCCAUGUGAUAUAGGGAGGUAAAUGUUGCAAAAUGCCUCUUAAAGGGCCAUUUUUACAGCAUUCUAGAAUACAGUGGCACCUUGUGGUUGUUAAUAUUUUUCUUUUAAAGAUGGAGGUUUUUUUAAAUUCUCCCUUUUUUCUCUUUUGUUCCUUUGUGAACAAAAAAAAAAAAUUGUGAUCUGCCUUAUUUUUUUUUUUUUUAAGUUUUACCUUACUGGCUUCCCUGUCAAAUGUUUGACCAAUAUUAAGUACAUAGAAGCCAUGUUUGAAGGGCACUUUUAUUCUUCCUUAGUCUUAAAAGACUAUGCUGAUUGUUACUUUCUGAAAUGUCCUGUACCUUAGUAAUGCAAGAAAUUGAUGAGGCACAUGUUAAAAGUGUCAGGUGUGUUUUUUCCUUAAGUAUAGUAUAAUUUUUCGGUAUGUUUAAUAUUCAAUAACAGUGUUGUAACUCAUUGCGCUAACUAGUAAAUUAUGUGCUUUUGAAAAAACAUUGCAAAAUGUAAAUUGAUGUAACAUCUCGCAUUGGAAAGUGCAAGGUCUGAGGAACUGGUAUUUCACUUAUUUUUAAAUCAGAUUUCUAAUAGCAUUUACAGAUAGCUGUGAGUUCAGUACCUGCCCCUUAGAAUUUUUGGCAUUCUGAGAUGAAUAAUUAUUUUCCUUAACUGGAACAGUUCUAAAAUAUUAUCUAAUACUCCCAACAAGUAAGUGAUCUUAUUUAAGUAACCCUAGUUUGUAUCUUCAAGUCUACAGCAUUCACUAAAACUAUUAUCAGGGUGUUAAUCACAGAACAGUUGGUAUCAGUUUUAUAAUUGUCUUCGUGUUUUGAUUCAUAUCUGAAGGAAAUAGGUAUACCCUCCAACCUUCUAAAAAUUAGUUAGAUGCUUGAUUUUGAUUAGGAUUUGUUUACUAAAGUUACACAAGCUGCUUUACAGUCACUUGGGUUGAGUAGUAGGUAUCUUAGAGACAUGCAGUGAAAGUGAACCCCAUCAUACCACUGUGCCUCUUUAUUUCAAGGUUCCUGUAUCAGUUCCUCAUCUUGCAGAUUUAUUCCAAUAUUAAGGUAUGGUUGAACCAGCUACCCAGCCUUAACUCAAUUUAGUGCCCCAUUACUAAUGUUCUUUUAACUGAUUUGUAUGUGUUUUAACUGUCCAUUGUUUGGAUUUUACCUCUUAAUAGCUCCAUUUGUCCCUGGUGCUGCUUUUAAAGAUGUGGGGCCAUGUGAUCAGGUAUCAAGUUGAGUUAGGUACGCAGUAGGCCUGGUUAUGUAUCUGUGCCUGUUUUAUCUUCUCCGAGGAAGAGCUGCUUUGGUAUAGAUGUUUACUUGGAUUCAUAAAGAAUCUGGUAGCAAUCUUGGAAAGCUUUCUGAAGCCUGUAAGAGCCUGAAGGGAUUUGAAGGGUGAACAGUAACAAAGGCUGCCUUUAUGUCUUUGAACACGAAGCACAUAAAUGUAUGUUCUAUAAAGACUGAAGUGAUUGUUAUACCGGGGCUUCCUGACCUCUGGGAGAGACUCAAAAAACAGGAGCACAAAGUGAAGUGAAUUUGCUUGACUUGCUUUAUUUGGUUUCUCAUUUUCUUUCCAUUUAAACCUGAGCAUAACACCCUUCUCCAAUGUUUAUCCAGCAGACUCCUGGUUGGGAAGCCCUGUAUUAAAUUUUGAGAAUGUACCCAGUUUUUUGUUUUGUUUUGGGGGUGGGAGUUGUACAAUGCUUUACACCCUGCUAAAAAUUGUUUAAUGCAAAACAGGACCUUGAAAGGUCAGUCAUAUUAAAGCUGGUUUGAUUAUUAAUAGUUAUCUUUUAGGAAGAAGCUUUUUCCCUAUGUAAGAUGUCAUACUGCAGAUUUAAAAUAUAGACUAUCAAUAAAAUGCAUGAAGUGAUCAUUUGUGCUUGAUCAUCUCUCCUUGGGUUUUUCUUUAAAGGGGGAAUCUGCUAAACAUUCAUUCUGUUGCUUCAAACCAAUGUCAGAUGACUUGAUUUUUAGAAUCAAGUGGAAUUACAGUGCAACCUUGAUUUUUAUUUUCAUCACUGCUCUAUGAGUGUAGCCAGGUACUGGUUUAUGUGAUAAAAUUUUCAUUUUAUGUAUUGUGUAGUUGAGUGGCUUAACCUUUGAGUGGUAAAAUAAAAGAUUAAAGCAUAUUCCAAUA